GCCUCGGUCGAUGGUUUUUAUUUUUCGGUGGCAGUAACAAUUAAAACCAACGACCGAUUGGUGCUCCAUUGAACGGAUGGCACAUCCAAGGACCGGGUCUCUGCUGGGACUGCAGCUGCUUCUAGUGGCAAGCCUAGUGGCCUCAACCACGGCCUCGCUGUUUGCUUCAUUACCGGAAGGUGGAGUGGUUGGAACAAAUGUUCUAGGACUCAUGCCGGGACAACAAGUCCUGGCUGCAGUGCCCGCAUCAGAGCGCGUCAGUUUUUUGCUUUACCAAUUAGCCUUGGCCAUAAAUUCAGCCGCCGGCGUGCAGGAAGUCGAGGAGGUGCAAGUGGUGGAGAACCAGGAGCAGUUCCUGCCAGUGAACCCGGAUCCCAACUGGCUGGCCGCCAUGGCAAAUGAGUUUCAGAACGUGCCCGUUUAUGAAUCCUUUCCCAUGGACUUGCGUAACUGGCUGACGGAUAGCUUCGGAGUUACUACCACGGAUGUCCUUCACAGCUGGAACAUCUUUCAGCCAAGGCAGGCCCGGACUAGUACUCGGGCCCAACUAAUUUGCACCAACGAUGGCCAGUGCUUUGAGGUGAACAAAAUCGUCACCGCCUGCUGUCCGUUUUGA